ACAUCUCUAGCAAUAAUGCCAUUUGCAGUCAAAGCCCUAGACCACGUCGUCCUGACCUGCCGCAACAUCAACGCGACAGUCAAGUUCUACAAUCUGCUGGGCAUGAAACAUGAAGUCUUCCGCUCUUCCAAAGAUGCACCAGGAGUAGAGAGGUGUGCAGGCGCAGAAUUUGAGCCCAAAGCCACUCUCGCAAAACCCGGUACCGCAGACCUGUGCUUUAUAACCAGCACUCCAAUCACAGACGUCUUGGCAGAACUACAAAAAGAAGGAUUGGAGGUUUUGGAGGAGGGCGAAGUGGUGGAUAGGAUUGGUGCUGUGGGCAAGCUGAAGAGUGUGUAUACCAGAGAUCCGGAUGGGAAUUUGAUCGAGGUGGCGAAUUAUGUUUAG